AUGGUCGAUCUCACCCAAUAUGUGCUGCCUUUCGUUGGCUCCGAGGCUCUGGGUAACGUCUUUCCUGGCGUCCUCCGACCAUAUGGUAUGGUUAAGCUGGGACCAGACCUUGCCUGGGACCAGGUCAAUGCCUAUGCUGGCUACCUUCCAGAUGGGGAAUUCACCGGCUUCAGCAUGAUGCACUUAUCAGGGACUGGUGGAAUGCCUAUGUAUGGAGUCGUGUCCCAAUUACCCGUCCUUGGACCAAUCGCAAAUCCGUUAGAUGUGAGGGUAGGCAGAGCGACUGCCGAUGUGGCCGAGGUUGGUUAUUACGGCGCAAGAACCUCAGACGACGUCCUUGUCGAGCUUGCGGCCACAGAGCACGCAGCUAUGUAUCAGUAUACAUUUCCUGAGGAUCAGAGUGGUCAAAAUAACGUUGUGGUCGACCUCUCUCACAGGCUUCCAUCAUUUCGUGGUUUUGGUCUCAAGCAGAGAUUCGAAGGAGGAGAUAUGACCCUCAAAUUCGGACGUAUGGCGUCUCCAUGGACAAUCUAUUUCUGUGGUAUCUUUGACCAGCCUCCUACAAGGGUCCGAGUCUUUGAAGGGAUGACAGACUCCAGCAACGAUUUACAUUUCUUCCGGAACGGAAACUUAGUCUCGUCAGUUGGUGUUCGGGUUGGCGCAGUCUUCUCUUUCGAUCAAGCCUCCAUUACUUGCAGAGUCGGUAUUUCUUUCAUCUCCUCCGACCAAGCUUGCGAUUCCGUGCAGCGAGAAAUUCCAGCAACCUCCACUUUUAAAGACAUUGUCGAUGAAACCAAGGAGGUCUGGAACAGUGAUGUUCUAACCAAAGUCACAACGACAGAGACCAAUCUUACUGAUUUACAGAAUCUCCACACCUCGCUCUAUCUCAUGCACCAACUGCCGUCGAACCGCACUGGAGAAAACCCCAGGUGGGAAUCAGGAGAGCCCUAUUUUGACGACAUCUUUACGAUGUGGGAUCUCUUCCGUACCUCGAUACCACUCAUGCAGAUUCUACAACCAGAGGCCCACCAACAACUCAUCCAGUCUCUGGUCGAUGUCUGGCGGCAUGACGGGUAUCUGCCUGACGCGCGCUCUGCCAAUUACAACGGUCCUGUUCAAGGUGGUUCAAACGCAGACAUCGUCCUGGGCGAUGCAUACGUGAAGGGUGUCAGAGGCGCAGUAAAUUGGAAAGAUGCAUAUGCAGCUAUGGUCAAAGACGUAGAGGUCACGCCAUCAAACAACUUCGAUCCUCGUGCAAAUGACUCGUCGACUAAAGAGGGUCGUGGUGCGCUGCCUGAUUGGCUUGGUCUGGGCUUCAUCACACCGAACUUUUCGCGAUCUGUCACUCGAGGCAUAGAGUAUGCCAUUGACGAUUUUGCCUUGUACCAAGUGGCUUUGGGAGAGGCGGAUGACCAGGAAAGCACGAAAUAUUGGCUGCGUUCCCAAAAUUGGAGAAACCAUUGGAAUUUAGCUGCAACGUCACUCGGUUUCCAAGGGUUCAUCGGUCCACGAAACCGAAGCGGGUUUCUUCCUCACGAUCCUCUUCAGGGCGGUGGCUACUGGGCUGAUCCUCUUUAUCAAGGCUCAGCUUGGGAGUACAGCUUCAAUCCUCAUUAUGACAUAGCUGCUUUGGUGGGGCUAUGUGGCGGCCCACAAAGCUUCAUCUCCAGGCUACGCAUGUUGUUCGAGCAUCAAAUCGACCCUGAAGACCCGAAUGUCAGUAUAUCCCGCAAACCAAGUCAGCUUCGCCACUCCAUACCUUUCCAUUUUGCUGCUCGACCUGACCUAUCUACCUCCGUGUCUCGAAAGACCGCCCGCGAGAAAUUCUCUCCUACCCUAGAAGGACUUCCCGGGAAUGCCGAUUCUGGCGCUAUGCAAAGCUGGUUGUUGUGGAACAUGAUCGGACUUUUCCCGUUGCCAGCUCAGACAACUUUCCUCAUCCACUCCCCCUGGUUCGAACAUCUCAGCAUCGAUCUUGGCAGCGGAAAGAGACUGGUGAUAAACAGUACCGGAGGUGAUAAGGACACCUCCAUCCACGUUCAGAACCCCAAAGUCAACGGCCAGGAAUGGCACCGGUCCUGGCUAACGUGGAACGAUAUCUUCGCUAAUGGUGGAACCCUAGAAUUCGAGCUCGGCCCAAAUUACAACAAGGAAUGGUUCGAUACAGACGCCCUACCUCCUAGCCCUGCCAGUGCCGCCUCUCCUCCAUCAGCGAAUAUGCAAAUCCCUUUACAGACGGUGCAGGUUCGCGCGCCGCCUCCAACUGGGGAAGGUCUUGCAAUCACGCCAAAGACACAAGAAGAACGAGACAGGCGUCGCUGCUAUCCGCUUUUGAGUCUGCUCAUCCUACUACCUAUCGGAGCGUUGGGCAUCUAUACCUUUUGGCGCUCACGAAUGGAGGUCAAACAUAGAAAAUUCCCCGCUGCACCGCCACAGGAAAGUACAGGGUUCGUUCAUGCCGCGGAUGUCCAAGGUGUAUCCAACGAACCCCCAGAGGGCAGAGAUACCACCGAUCCUCCCUCCGACGUUGGGAGCGCAUCCACAACCAACCUGCGCUCCUGA